AAAAUUUUGCGACUCUUCUAGUGCAUUUGCAGUUCGUUAUCAGCAAAGAUACACUUUUAUGUUUCAGAAUCUAUAAAGUCAUUAAGGCACGAAUGGCAGAUGCGAAACUUAUGCCUAAAUUUGAACUGUAAUUUGCUAUGGGUCAGUGUUCAUAGACAAUGAUAGAGCUGACACAGCUGCCAGUAUAUAAGAGACCGCAAUUGCGAAGCAUUAUCAGUCGUAUAUCAAAAAAAAUACAGAUCAGUUUUCAGGGUUUCGAUUUUAAAAUGUUCGAGUGGUCAGCCAAAAAUGUUGUAUACGUUGGUGCCUUUAGUGGUAUUGGCUAUCAAGUCUGUCAGAUGCUAAUGAAGAAGCCAAUUAAGUUUCUGGUAGUUUGCAGUCGAAUGGAAAAUGUGGAAAUGCUAAAAAAACUUCAGGAUCUGAAUAGAGCCGUCAGUGUGGUCUUUGUGCAAAUAAAUAUAACUGAGCACACAAGCAUCGACCAUGCCAUCAAAACCAUCAUAGGAAAAACAGGCUACGUUGAUGUCUUAAUAAAUGGCGUAGGAGUUCUGGCCGAUAAGGAUGUGGAAACGACAGUGUCAGUAAACUUGACCGGGAUGAUUAAUACCACUCUCAUGAUGAUGCCCUGGAUGGAUAAAAGUCAGUCUGGACAUGGAGGUAUGGUUGUAAAUAUUGCUUCUGUUUAUGGGCUUGAACCUGGGCCGGCAUUCAGUGUUUAUGCUGCCGCUAAACAUGGCGUGAUAGGAUUUACCAGGUCAAUGGCGGAUGACAACAUUUAUCAAAAAACCGGAGUUGCCUUCCUAUGCAUUUGCCCCGGUAUGACUUCUACGGAACUGAUGAUGAAUAAACGCGAUAUGAAUUGGGUAAAUUGGGUGCCUCAUAGCCAACCGAUAUGGAACAGUCUUAAAGAGGUCAAAAUGCAAACACCCCAAGAAUGUGCCGCCAAUGUGGUACAAGCAAUGGAGAAGUGGAAGAAUGGAGGAAUUUAUAUUUGCAGUAAGGGAGGCAUGAAAGAAGUAGUUUGGCCCGUGCACUGGCAGACAUAAACUAAAGAACAUUAAAGGAUAAAUAAAAGAAAAAACCUUUUCGGUCUGCAAU